AAAGCAAGCAAACAUAAAGCAGACUUAUUUUGUUAAAAACAAAAGAUAAAUAAAAGAAUCAUUAGGCUUUAAUUAAACAACAAAAAUUAAAAGAAAAAAAGACUCUCUAUUUCUUAGUUUUUUAUAGUUUAUUCUGAGUAAAUACGAAGCAAAAGAAAAAAUAAGAAAAGGAUUCUAAGGCAAAUUAAAUAUUUAAAAAUAAAUAAUAGCUAGUAUAUCAUGGGUUCUUAGAGUUCAAAGUUAGUUAAUGGAUAGGAGAUGAUGCAAUAGAGUUCUGGGGUAGUUAGAAACCAGUAUAUGAAUUAAUCUGGGAAUUCUAUUGGAAGUAUGACAGAUACUUAAUAACGUGGGAAUUUCAUCAAUACGAUAUUUUAGUGGACAAAUGGUGCGAAUUCUGUAUAGUUAACAGGUACAUUUAACAAUUGGGUUAAUCCCAUACCAUUAGAAAAAGUAGAGAAUAACUGUUUUCAAGUGAUUCUGAAAUUAAGACCAGGAGUAUACUAGUAUAAAUAUAUAGUAGAUGGAUAGUGGAGAUUCUCUCCCGACGAUCCUACUUGCAAUGAUGAAAACGGAAAUAUUAAUAACUUAAUUGAUACAACAAACAUUGAAAGAAGCAUUUCCUUAAUAGGUUAAAAUAAUGGUUCCACCAAAUUUCUUACAAUGGGUUCUCAAAAUAACUCAGUUAAUUUCAUUUAGACAAACGCACGUAUAAUGAAUUCCAACGGAAAUGUUGCAAUGCAGUAGCAAUAAAAUGCUUAAAAUUAAUAAAAUAUUAUGGGAGUUAAUGCUAGUAGUAGGAAUAACUAACAAUUUUAGUAUUAAGCUUAGCAAUAAUAGUUGUUACACUAACUUUAAUAUUAAAAUUUAUUAUAGCAGCAAUAGUAGUAAUAACCCUAAUAACAAUAUAAUGUAUAAAAUGCAUUUAAUUAGUAAUAAUAAAAUCUAUAAAUGUUUUAGCAAUUAGGUAACAAUCCAUAAAACAUUUCACCUAAUAUUAUUGGUUCAUAGCAAGGUGGAACUAUUCCUUAGCAAGAAUUUUAAAAAAUGAUGCAACAAGGUGGGUAAGGUUAAUAUGCAAACUCCUUACAUCCCUCUUCAAAUAUUAGCAAUAUGCAAGCUAUGUACAUAAGAGCUUCUUAAAAUUCCAAUUUCGAUAAAUCUUAGCUACUAAUUAAAGCUCAUAUCACUCAGUAAAAUCAAACUAAUUUCGAAGUAGCUUUUAAAGAUCAAGCUCCUGUUCUUCCUCCACACUUAUUAGAAGUACCAACAAUCAAAAGGAGAAGUGCUAAAUAUGUUUCUAUGUGGAGAGAGAAAAAACCUAGACUAAAAAGUAAUGUAAAAUCUGUAUUUGGAGGUUAAAAUAGUGUGCACAAUACUAAUAAUAUGAAUAUUGAAGAGGAAAAUACAGAUAUAAGUAUGAAUGGAUAAUAAUUAACUUUGAGUAAUACACCUGAAGACGAUGCAGAGGUUUUAAUGCACGUAUUUUAGCCUGGACACGGCAUUACACCAGUAGAUCAUGUUACACUGAACCAUGUUGGUAUAGACAAUUUAAAUCAUAAUGACAAAUACAAUGUUUACUGCAUAACCUAAAGAUUUAAAACAAAAUACACAACCUAUAAAUUUUAUACAUCCAAAUAUGAUACUUAGAUUAUAAUUUGA